AUGGACCUUGCCUAUAGAUAUCAGCUUUUGCCCAUGUCAUUCUCAUGCCUAACUACAAUCCUUCUUCUAUUAGGGAGUGUCCUAGCUGUAGUAAAAGAUGGCCAGGACGAGAUUGAUCGAUUGGCUUUAUUAGAAUUCAAGGCUCGAAUAGUCGAUCCUAAUGGGGUUUUGAGCUCGUGGAAUGAUUCUAGCCACUUUUGCAAUUGGUACGGUGUCACUUGCGGUCGCAAACACCGAAGAGUCACCAUACUAGACCUUGGCUACAAGAACUUAUCCGGGGUUGUGCCGCCCCAUAUUGGUAAUCUGAGCUUUCUGAGGAGAGUUAAUCUGGAGAACAACAGUUUUCAUGCCAAAAUUCCCCCGCAUUUUGGCCGCUUGCUUCGGUUGCAGGAGUUGUUCCUUAAUAACAACUUGUUCAGCGGUGAAAUCCCUUGGAAUCUCUCCUAUUGCUCUAAUUUGCUCACUCUUGACUUAGGCUUCAACAUGCUCAAAGGAAAUUUGCCGACAGAACUGGGCUCAUUGUCCAAGCUCCGAGCACUUAUACUUCAAUUCAACAGCUUGAUGGGAAACAUCCCACCAUCUAUUGGAAACUUAUCAUCUCUUCAAAAGUUCAUAAUAAUGCAGAAUAAUUUUAGUGGUACGAUCCCAGAGACUCUUGGCCAGUUGAGAAAUCUAAAGAUUCUCUAUCUUUUCAUGAAUAAAUUUGUUGAUACAAUUCCUAUCUCAAUCUUCAAUAUAUCUACUCUGACACUCUUUGAUGUAGCUUACAACCAAUUGGAGGGGGGUUUACCUAGCGACUUAGGCUUCGCUCUUCCAAAUAUCGAGAGAAUCGGUAUGGAGUACAACCACCUCACUGGACCCAUUCCCGAGUCAAUAUCCAACGCCUCUAACCUCGAGGUAAUCCAAUUCAACCAGAACAAUUUUAAUGGGAAAGUUCCUUCUUUUUCAAAGAUAAGAGGACUCCAUUGGAUUAAUAUUAACCUCAACAACUUAGGAGGUGAGCAAUCUACUGAUUUGGACUUCCUCUGUUCUUUAACCAAUUCCACAAAAUUGGAACAUUUGAGUAUCGAUGAAAAUGCUUUUCGAGGACUAAUACCCGACUGUAUCAGUAACCUCUCGACCACCCUUUCCACAUUUGACUUAGGAAACAACUAUAUUUCUGGAACCUUACCUUCUGGAAUCGGAAAUCUCAUUAAUUUGGAGAGAUUGCAAAUGCAGAACAAUUGGAUCUCGGGAAACAUUCCUUCCGAGAUCGGAAAUCUGAACAAACUGAAGCUUUUGGAUCUUGGCCACAAUGAACUCUCAGGGCAAAUACCGGAAUCUUUUGUGAAUUUAAGGAUGUUAAUUGAAUUGUACUUGGACGUCAAUAAUUUAUGGGGCUCGAUACCAUCGUCUCUGAAAAAUUGCCAAAAUCUACUUCUCCUGAACCUUUCGACCAACAACCUCAACGGUUACAUGCCCCCGGAGAUUAUGGGCCUCUCAUCUUUGUCGAUUUCCCUCGACUUGUCUCGAAAUAAUCUUACCGGCUCCCUUUCAGAAGAAGUUGGAAAAUUGCAAAAUCUUGGCGAACUACAUCUUGAUGGGAAUAGAUUAUCUCAACAGAUUCCAAGCAGUAUAGGCAGUUGUAUAAGCAUGGAACGCCUAUAUGUACAGGAUAACUUCUUUGAAGGGCCCCUACCAUCGACUAUGAGUUCCAUGAGAGGCCUUCAGGUUUUGAAUGUUUCCAACAACCAAUUAUCCGGCCAAAUCCCAAAAUUUCUAGAGUCGCUAAAUCUGACGAAUUUGAGCCUAUCUUACAACGAUUUCAAGGGUGCAUUGCCUACAAAAGGAGUUUUCAAAAGUACCAUUUCAACUUCGGUCGUUGGAAACAAGAAGCUUUGCGGGGGUCUCCCAGAUUUUCAACUACCGAAAUGCUACUACAAAGAGUCAAAACGGACGAGAAUAAGCGGAAUUGCAAAAACUCUUAUAUCUAUAGUCUCUGCUCUUGUUGGAGUAGCCUGCAUAUUGUCUUUGUUAUACUUCUUCCGAUUUGGACACAAUAAGAACGCGUCAGCUUCAAGCUCUUCUGAAGAUGGGUUUUUGCAUGUUUCUUAUCAUAGUCUACUAAAAGCAACAGGUGGAUUCUCCUCCACCAAUCUGCUUGGCGUGGGAAAUUUUGGGUCCGUGUACAGAGGACUUCUUGAUCAAACUCAGUCAGUUGUGGCCAUUAAGAUUCUCGACCGUACAUGUGAUGGAGUUUCCAAGAGCUUCAUAGCCGAGUGCGAGGUCAUGAGAAGAAUCCGACAUCGUAAUCUUGUGAAGGUGCUCACCGCAUGUUCUGGGUUUGAUUUUAAUGGAAAUGAUUUCAAGGCACUGGUCUACGAAUUCAUGUCAAAUGGAAGCUUGGAUGAAUGGUUGCACCCAACUGCAUCACAAUAUACGGAGAGAAGCAAGUUGACUCUACUUGAGAGAGUGAACAUUUCCAUUGAUGUUGCUUGUGCACUAGAUUAUCUCCAUCAUCACUGUGAAAUGCCAAUAGUUCAUUGUGAUCUAAAGCCAAGCAAUAUCCUUCUUGAUGAUGAAAAGACUGGACAUUUGGGCGAUUUCGGGCUUGCCAGGUUCCUUCCAGAAGCAAUGCAUAAGUUACUGGCCAAUCAAUCAAGCUCUGUCAAAGUCAAAGGAUCUUUCGGCUACAUAGCUCCAGAGUACGGCAUGGGAAGCGCAGUAUCCACACGAGGAGAUGUGUAUAGUUUCGGGGUCCUCAUUUUGGAGAUGUUCACGGGCAAGAGGCCAACCGAUGACAUAUUUGAAAAUGGGUUGGACCUUCAUCACUUUGCAAAUGCAACUUUGACAGAUCGAGUGGAGAAGGCAAUUGAUCCCGUUCUACUUCAAGAAAUUGAGGAAUUGAAUAAGAGACAAAGAGUCACUCCAGAGGGCAAGAACAAAAGCUGGAGCAAUAGUCAGGACUGUUUGGCUUCAAUUAUCAAAAUAGGAGUUGCUUGCUCUUCUGAGUCUCCAAGGGAACGAAUGGACAUCGGCGAUGCAUUGACUAAACUCCAAGGAAUCAAGAAGAAACUUCUUAAUUUCAUUGUCAUUGCCUAGUUGAUGUCAAAUCUAAACUUCAUAUCGAGUCAUGUGGUCUUUGUGGUCAUUGCUUUGUCUGGAAUUGGAUAUGUUGUUUUGUCAUUCACGAACAAUUUGAAUCUAGCUAUGACUUAGCAAUUGGAGGAAGUUCAAAAUAGUUUAUGUUGUCUUAAGCAAAAGAGCACUAUC